AUGGGCAACCAGCAAGGCAGCUACAACCCCGCGCGCGACGCCGCCGAAGCCGGUCGCCGGCCCGACGACCACGAGCUCCUCCUGCUCUUCUCGCUGCAGAAGCGCUUCAUGACGCGCCUCGUCGAGUGUCCCUACCAUCUCAGCCUCCUAAGCCGGUACUGGGACAGCAUGCACGGUAACCACCUGCGCAACAAUGCGCUACCUUUCCAGCGCAACAGCGCCGAGUGGCAAACGAUCGGCUUUACGAGCUGCAACCCUGGCGACGACAUUCGCGCUGGCGGCGAACUUGGCCUCGAGUGUCUCGUCUUCUUUGUCGAAAACUACCCCGGCGAAGCGCGGAUGCUCAACCGUCAUUUCGGGUAUCCGUUGGCCAAGGCGGCGGUCGCCGUCGUCCGCGUGCUCAUGGAGAUCCUCCACGUCGUGGCUAUGGACGGCUCCAAGGGCAAUUUUCCAGUGCAAGAAACACUGUAUUGGCAGCUCCUGGAUGCGGACGCGAGCUUCUUUCAGCUCUUUGCGUUUUGCGUCCUCAUGUUUGACGAGCUCUACUGCGAGUGGGUCUCGACGACCGGCGUCGCUGCGCUGGCCUGCGACACGUCGAUCGUCGCGCAGCUCGCGGACCAGGGCAAGGCCAAGCUCCUCGCGACGCUUCGCCGCGCGCCCGAGCACCUCACCGACCUCGUUGACCUCUGUGGAAAUGGCCAAAUUCUGCGCAAACUCCACUUGAAGCUCGACCUGGACGCGAAAAAACCAAAGCCAAAUGCGUGGUCCAAGCGCCAAGACUUAUUCUUUGGUCUGGAGCAAAAGGGGCAUUGA